GCAUGGCAUCUGUGCUGCCCUCUGCUGUUGGAGCUUGACAGGCCACGUCACUUUUCGGUGUUUUGGCGAGAACCAAAUCGAUAAAAAUGAACAUAUUUAGGCUAACGGGUGAUCUUUCCCAUCUUCUAGCUAUUAUUAUUCUUCUCGUGAAGAUUUGGAAAACACGAUCAUGUGCUGGAAUCUCAGGAAAAUCACAACUUCUCUUUGCACUGGUCUACACGACUCGCUACCUGGAUCUCGUCAGUACUUAUAUAUCAGCAUAUAACACAUUCAUGAAGCUUAUUUUCAUAUGUGCUUCCUACGCAACAGUGUAUUUAAUUUACAUGAAGUUCAAGGCAACCUAUGAUCACAACCAUGAUACGUUCAGGGUUGAAUUCCUGAUCUUGCCUUCAUUUGUUCUCUCUCUCCUCAUCAAUCAUGAUUUUGCUGUUCUUGAGAUUCUGUGGACCUUCAGCAUCUAUUUGGAGUCAGUGGCUAUUUUGCCCCAGCUGUUCCUUGUGUCCAAAACCGGAGAAGCUGAGAGUAUUACAUCCCACUAUCUCUUUGCUUUGGGGUCCUACCGAGGAUUAUAUCUGCUGAACUGGAUCUAUCGUUAUUACGCUGAAAGUCAUUACGAUCUCAUCGCCAUUGUUGCUGGGGUUGUUCAGACAGUUCUGUACUGUGACUUCUUCUACCUCUAUGUAACCAAAGUGCUGAAGGGCAAGAAGCUCCAACUACCAGCCUAAAACCUGGGCAAUCUCCAACAGCUCAUGAUGUGUAACCUUUUACUUCCUUGUGCGAAUUGCUUUAAUGCACGUACAAUACUGUAAUUUGCUCUGCAAUGCUUAGUGGGAUAGCUUGCAAUAUGGAAUGCAAAAAUCACCUGGGAGAUGCUCUUCCAUUUAAAGUGCUGCUGAGUAUUUAUUAAAGGUCCCUGCAUAUGAAUGAUCUGUUUGUAUUUACUGCAGAGUAUUUGAUGUGAUAGAAUACAUUAUCAGAAAGGUGGAAAAUUUCAGCUAUGUUCACUCACCUGUGCAAACUUCUUCUCAAUUCAGCAAGCAUGUGAAAUGGGUUACAUUUGAAAGGAUGACUUCCAUGGUGCUUCUUGUUUACCAAGACUUUUUAAUUGACAUUAAGUGUGUUUUCUUUUUUACUAUUAUUGUGUUUGAGGUACAAUAUUAACUGAUGUUGUACCUGGUGUAUCUGUAGAUAUUAGCAUUGAUAGAUGCAUUUUCCUUUUGUUUAGCCUUUAUUUUAUGGGAUCUAAUGAACUUAAGUUAAAAAUAAUUAUUUGUUCAAUCAUUAAUAUUUACAUCCAAAUUUACAUGAAAACUACUAGUAGAGGAGGAAUUAGAGUUCUUCAACAACUCAUUUUAUAUUAGUAAAUACAAUUUUUUUUUAUCCACUUUGAUUCUUAAAUUGAACAUGACUGAAUGAGAAGUAUUUUGGAGUACUAGUAAAGAUUGUCAAGUUUUGUCAGUUAAGUUUGAAAAUGAAUUUUUUGAAAUAUGUGACCUCUUUUCUUACAUUGUGGGCAGCUGUAAAGAUGUUCACAGGAGACUGAGUGAAAGAGAAAAUCUGUUCUGGUAAACUGUAGCCUAGAAAAAUCAUAAGUUAAUGAAAAGUAAAGAUCUUGAAGAGAGAUGCCUUGCCUAGUACUCUUGUAGGCCUACCAAAAUUGUGAGUCAUUUCAAAGCCACUUCAGUUGUUUAUUUCAAUUACACGAGUUUGUAACAUCAUUCAAAAAUGUUAGAAAUACCAAAGUGAUCAGCGCUGUAUUCCAAACACAAAUAAACGUUUUUCUAAACAGAUACAUUUUGAGAAGCUACAGCAUUAAAUCAGCAUCUUUCACAGAGGCGAAAGGUAGCAUCUAUAUUUGUUGCUUUCUUCAAUAAAGUCAUUUCCAUCAGACAAUGAGUAUUUAGUGUCAUAGUAAAGCCAAAUAUAAAUCAUUUCAUGUUCA